UUAUUAACAUUAAAAAUGGCGUUUAGUUCUAUAACUUCUUCGACGAUGUUCGGUGAACUUGGUAGGUUGGCGAAUUGGCUUAAGGGUGAUUGUGUUGCACCCGAGGAGUUUAGCGGACUUGCUGUUACUGAAAAGUUGGAGAAUGUUCAGAUGCUGGAUAAAUAUAACCUUCGAAAUCCAUCGAAGGGCACGCUGUACUUCGCUACGACGCAUCUCAUAUUCGUCGAUCAUGAAAUGAGAAAAGAAACAUGGAUUCUCCUAAUGCACAUAUCGUCUGUUGAACGUUUACCAAUAACAACAACGGGCUCGCCAUUGCUCGUUCGUACCAAAACCUUCCAGUCGGUAUUCUUCGUGAUACCGCGCGAGAGGGACUGCCAUGAGAUGCAUCAGACGCUUUUGAGAUUGAGUCAGCCAGUUCAUUUGGAUGAAUUAUACUGUUUCCACUACAAAUCCACUCCGGAUGAUUUGCCGAAGUCAGCGGGCUGGAACUUCUUCGAUAUACAGACAGAGUUUCAAAGGAUGAAUGUACCGAAUGAACAGUGGGUCCUUUGUACCGCAAACAAGGAAUAUGAACUCUGUGACACUUAUCCAAGCGAAAUCUACGUCCCAGCACGAGCGUCUACAGCUGUGCUCUUAGGCAGUGCCAGCUUCAGAUCACGGGGUCGUUUACCAGUCCUCGCUUAUUUACAUCACAAUAAAGCAGCUAUUGCUAGAUGUAGUCAGCCGUUAAGUGGAUUUUCGGCUCGAUGUAUGGAAGACGAACAAAUGCUGGAUCUGAUCAGGCGAGCGAAUCCCAACUGCGGUUACAUGUAUGUUGUUGACACGAGGCCCAGGAUAAACGCAAUGGUUAAUCGCGCAGCCGGUAAAGGUUACGAAAAUGAAGCAUUCUACGAGAACAUAAAGUUUCAGUUCAUGGGCAUCGGGAAUAUCCAUGUGAUGCGGAAGAGUUUACAGAAAAUAGUCGAAACUUGCGAACAAAACAGCCCAACGAUGUCAUCGUUCCUCAAUGGACUGGAAUCUUCCGGUUGGCUCAAACAUAUAAAGUCGAUCCUCGACACGUCCUGGUGGAUCGCCAGCGCGAUCGAGAGCGGCGUGAGUGUGUGCGUGCACUGCAGCGACGGCUGGGACCGCACCGCGCAAGUGUGCUCGCUCGCCGCGCUCUGUCUCGAGCCGCACUACCGCACCAUCAACGGCUACCAGGCACUCAUCGAGAAGGACUGGCUCUCCUUCGGCCACAAGUUCACGGCCCGCUGCGGUCACGUGGCUUGCGACUCGCGGGAGAGGUCUCCCGUCUUCACGCAGCUCCUGGACUGCACGUGGCAGUUGUUUAGACAAACGCCAGAGGCAUUCCAGUUCAACGAGAGAUUUCUCCUAACGCUACACGAUCACGCGCAUGCGUGCCAGUACGGCACGUUCAUCGGGAACUGUCAGAAAGACCGCCGUGAUUUGAGAUUGUCUGAACGCACGUUCUCCCUGUGGGGUUACAUGGCGAGCCAUCUAAAUGAGUACAAAAAUCCACUCUAUAACCCCAAAGCACACCCAGACGUACUCAAACCAGAUUUGAAUGCACAGAGUAUAAGGUUCUGGCGCGGCAUGUACUGCCGGCACGAGAGCGGCGUGCACCCGCGGGAGGCGCUGGCCGACAUCCUGCCCGCCGCCGUCGAGCACUCCGGCGCGCUCACUCACCACAUCGACUACCUCGCCAAGAGAAUAUCAACAUUCAAGAACCUUCUCUCUGGACGUAAAGCCGAAAAGAGCAGAGAGACUGCGGUAGUCAACUACCAGAACGGCGCCGACGACACCGUGGAAAUCGAGACCAAAGUGGAAGGUCUACAGAUAGACAACAAACUGCUGUACGAGUCGGGCGGCUCGCUGUCGGAGCUGGAGUGCGCCACGCACGACCACCCGCUCAAGGAGCCCGACUCGCAGAACAUACCACUCAUAACUGAGAAAAUGGACGCGUCCAUACCCCCGAGUCUCGUUCAACUCGAGGCCGAGAUAAACACUGUUGCUUUGGAUUGGAAAAGUAUUAAGAACGUAACGGAGUGCAGCUGUUCCACGCCUCUCGACCACUUCAGCAGGAAGGUCUGGUGACACCCACCAGCUAACUUAGGAACAUCAAAUAAAAACUUUAAUGAUCAUAUUGUAAGAGUUGUAAUGUAUUUGUAUUUUUGAUUGUAUAAUGUGAUAUAGCAAAAAAUAUCUGUUAUUGUUAUUUCUGUUUCGAUUGUUAUAAUGGUUAAUUGUACCUUA